ACACUGACAUUUAAGACAGCAGCAGUGAAAAGAAAACGAAAACGUCGACGCGUACGGAAAGAAUUUAGCUGCUCUUUUCGUUUUUAUUUAGUAUUUAUUUGCUGCAUUUUAAAAUAAAUAAAUUUAAUUGAAAUCGCCUACAUUUAGUGUUGUGCAUUGCAAUAAAUAAUAAGGGAAAUUGUGCUAAAUUUAGCAACGUUAUUUGAAAGUAAAUUUGUACUUGUAUUUCCUUGCGCAUUGUCUCGACGCGUAUUCCGUCUCGUUCGGUUGAUUGCAGUGGCAGCGGAGCAGAGCCAGCGACAAAUUGUGCUCCCAAAUUUACUUAAUUUUAAAGUAGCUUACUCCGUGAAGAUAUCAAAUGAAAUAUGCAAUUAAAGAAGGAGUUUGCACUUGACGGUCGACGGUCAGACUGAUUGCUGACUGACUGUUGUAUGCCGCCGCCAAAGAAUAAAAGCAACAUGAAAAACUACAUAGAGGUAAAGAAAUAAAAGCGACAAUGAUGACCGUAAGCCAACUAGCGGCAGCAGCGUAAUAAACGCUACUACAAACAUACAACCGUUUCAACACAUUACGAGCUAUAAGAACAGCUAAAGAAGAAAGUCUUGAAGAAGUCAACUGAGCUAGUUGCAUACCAAACUACAACACAUACAUACAUAAACGCAAAGCGUAUAAAAACAUAUGGGCAUAAAAAUGUAUUAACAUACAUAUGUAUAUAAAUAAAUAUAUAUAUAUUUAAGCUUGAAAAGUUUGGCAAAGAAAAGCCGUGAAGAAAUUUUUUUUAACCAAGUAAAAGAGAAAAAUCACUCAUUCUUCCAACUCAGCUUAGGUGAAUCUGUGAAAUUGUGAAGUACAUAUCAAGCACACACACAUACACACAUUUUUAAUCAACAUACCUACAUCUAUACGUGUAUGUAUGUAAAAGCAUUAUCAACGCCGCCAACAUCAUCUACACGCAUAAUCUACAUUAUAUUUAACUGUAUAAUUAAGAAGAAGAAGAAAAUAAUUGUACUCAACAAACACUGCAAGUUCUUCAAGUGAUAUUUGUUGGCAACUAAUGGAUCCAUAUCAUCAUAUCAGACAUCAUUAUCCAUCAUCCACGCGUCCAGAAUUGCAGCAAAAAUGCAAUCGUGGCUCACAUUCAAGUGACACCAGUUCAGCGUAUAGCGGCAGCGACACUAUGGCAUCCGUAUAUGGCUCAUCGAUGGACGCCGAAGAGAUUGAUCUCUCCGGUUUGGUGGAGUCGGUGGUGGACUCCGAUGAGGAGGACUUGGCCGAGAGUAUGGAUAGUUUGAAUGUACGCGAUGCUGUACGUGAUUGCUUGGAGAAAGAUCCCUCCGAGCGUACAGAGGAGGAUGUUGAAAUAUUACUCGAGUUCACACAGGGCUUGAAGGCCUUCACAAACAUUACGCUAGCAGUGCGUCGUGCACUUUGCGCCGUUAUGGUAUUCGCUGUUGUCGAUAAAGCCGGCACAGUGGUUAUGUCUGAUGGCGAGGAGCUCGAUUCGUGGUCGGUGCUUAUUAAUGGCGCUGUGGAAAUCGAGCAUGCAAAUGGUACACGUGAAGAGCUGCAAAUGGGUGAUUCGUUUGGCAUAUUGCCUACCAUGGAUAAGCUGUAUCAUCGUGGCGUUAUGCGCACCAAAUGUGAUGAUUGUCAAUUUGUUUGCAUAACACAAACCGAUUACUAUCGCAUACAGCAUCAGGGUGAGGAGAAUACGCGUCGGCACGAGGACGAGGAUGGUCGUAUUGUAAUGGUCACAGAAUUGCGUCAAAUUGGCAGCAAUGAACAUGGCACCAGCGGCGGCAAUGCAAGUGCAGCGAGCGCUGUGGGCUUGAAACGUGGACAUGUUGUGAUACGCGGCUCGCCGGAACGCCUGCUGCAGCAAUUGGUCGAGGAGAAUUCGAUGACGGAUCCGACGUAUGUGGAGGACUUUCUGCUCACGCAACGUAUUUUCAUUAAAAAUCAACAAGAGGUUACACAGAAAUUGCUCGCCUGGUUCGAGUGUGAUGCCGAGCCGCCUAAGGGUAGCACCGCUUCACCGCAGGAGAUACGUGAUCGUGUGACGCGUGUUGUGCUGUUAUGGGUCAACAAUCAUUUUACCGAUUUUGAGGCUGAUCAUGAAAUGAUGGAGUUCUUGGAGGUGUUCGAGGCUGGUUUGGAGCAUUCGCAAAUGCUGAGUCAAUUGCGUUUGCUGCAUAUAGCGUGUGCGGCUAAAGCGCGCAUGCGCAGUUGUACGCUGACACGCUCAUCACGUGACGAGCCGUUAAAUUUCAAUAUAAUCGGCGGUUAUGAGAUGCGUGGCAUUACGGCCGCCACCGGUGUUGGUGGUUGUGGCAUAUAUAUAGCGCAUGUAGUGCCCGGUUCGAAGGCACAAGAUGUCGGCCUAAAGCGUGGCGAUCAAAUACACGAAGUUAAUGGUCAAUCAUUCGAGCAUGUGACCAGCAAACGCGCUAUGGAAAUACUUAUGGGCAGCACACAUCUGAGUAUAACGGUGAAAAGUAAUUUACUCGGUUUUAAGGAAAUGAUGUUGGCCAUAGAGCAAGGCGGCAACGGUAGCAGUGGCAGCAAUGGCGCCGGUACACCCAUUGGUAGUGGCAGUGGUAGCAGCGGCGGUUCGCUAGGCACUAAAUCAUUGCGUAGUCCGCGUCGCAUUUGCGCAAAUGAUAUUGCCAAAUUACAUGGCCGCUGCAUGUUGGAUGACAUGACGACGACAAAUCGCUCGCACAUGUUGCGUCUCAGCUCGGUGGAUAUGCUUUUGCCCACAGAUCAAACAGAUUGUUGUCAGCCAGCGACGCCACCGCCUCUAAUGCCGCAGCAAUCGAGUGGUGGCGGUGGUAAUAUGGCUAGUAAUUUUAUGUCAAAUCUAUUGCAGAGUGUGAGUAAUGCCUCGGCGCGCAAGGAUUCGCAAGCGAAUUGUAAUGAGGGCGGCGGUGGAGGUGGUGGCUCAAAAGGUGGCGGUUUCAUGACACUCGCGCCCAAGCGUCGCAUACAAAGAGCUUUAGCGAAAAUGAAUUUAUUGCAGCAUAAAAGUAUCGGCGGUGCGGGUCUGAAUGAUUCCGUUGAUAUUACUACACCGACGGAAACGAUGUCACAAAAAGCCGGCAAACUCACCACAUCCUCAUCUAGUUCCUCCUCUACUUGCGGUGGCGGUGGUGGUAAUCGGCUCUACCAAUCGCAAUCUAAUCCCGACUUAAGUUCGUCGUUACUGUAUGAGGACGCCACAUCUCUAACAACAAGCACCGCUACAGCACCUGCACCCACACCUAAUUAUCUAACAGCCUCCAUGCAUCGACCAUCAGCUGUUUCCACGACAAGCUCCGCUAUGCUGCCUGACUACCCCGAACAUGUACUGAAAGUCUUUAAGGCCGAUCAAUCGUGCAAAUAUUUACUCAUCAACAAAGAAACGACGGCGCACGAAGUUGUCAUGUUGGCGCUGCAAGAGUUCGGCAUACACGAUCCCAGCUCAAAUUACUCCCUGUGUGAGGUUAGUGUUGGCGAAGGUGGCAUGGUGAAACAACGUCGCUUGCCCGAUCAACUGCAGAACUUAGCCGAGCGUAUUGGCUUCGCAGCGCGCUACUAUCUGAAGACAAAUGGCAGCACCGAGACGCUGGUGCCAGACGAAUUGGCACUCGAGUUGGUGCGUGAGUCUAGUGUGCACUUCCUGCAGCUUAACGCCUAUGAAUUGGCCAUACAAUUAACGCUGCAGGAUUUCGCCAUCUUCCGGCAAAUAGAAUCUACUGAGUAUAUCGAUGAUCUAUUCAACCUGCAAACAAAAUAUGGCGUGCCGAUGUUAACCAAAUUUGCUGAACUCGUCAAUCGUGAAAUGUUUUGGGUUGUAACUGAGAUUUGCGGUGAGCACAAUAUUGUGCGGCGUAUGAAAAUUGUCAAACAAUUUAUAAAAAUUGCACGCCACUGUAAAGAGUGUCGGAACUUUAAUUCCAUGUUCGCCAUUAUAUCUGGUCUGGGUCAUGCUGCUGUAUCGCGGCUGCGUCUCACUUGGGAAAAGCUUCCUUCGAAAUAUCAACGGCUCUUCUCCGACUUGCAGGAUCUGAUGGAUCCCUCGCGCAAUAUGUCGAAAUAUCGUCAACUGGUUUCCUCAGAGUUACUCGCACAACACCCCAUCAUACCAUUUUACCCCAUCGUAAAGAAGGAUCUUACCUUCAUACAUCUAGGCAAUGAUACGCGUAUUGAGGGUCUCAUCAAUUUCGAAAAGCUUCGCAUGCUUGCCAAAGAAGUACGCCUGCUAACGCAUAUGUGCUCGUCACCCUACGAUCUACUCGCCAUACUUGAACUCAAAGGUCAAUCACCCUCGAAUGCACUCUUCUCGCUCAAUCAAUUGUCCACUUCACAAAAUGCUGGAGGCACGCACAACACAGUCAUCGCCGCCAAUGCCGGUCAAUCAACAAUUAAGCGACGUAAAAAAUCAACUGCGGCACCCAAUCCAAAGAAAAUGUUCGAAGAAGCACAAAUGGUGCGGCGGGUCAAGGCAUAUUUGAAUAAUUUGAAAAUCAUUAGCGACGAAGAUGCGCUGCACAAAUUCUCACUCGAAUGCGAACCGUCAUCCAACUCACAAACACAUGGCAGCAGCAGCGGUAGUUCACGUGGUGAAAGUGGUUUAGGUCGCGAUGGCACCGGCAACUCAUCAACACGUAGCGGUGAUCAAUUAAGCAUCUAUUCACACACUUCCUCUUCAUCGGCACCCAAUUCUUCAUUAUCCCUGCGCAAACGUCAUCCCUCAUCGCCGACCCUCUCCACAACCAGUUCAACAUCAUCCACGAGCGAUCAUCAUAAUCGUCGUAAUAUGGCGCACAAUAAUAAUUCAAAAUUUGGCAUCGCUUCACCGCAAGCCGUCAAAAAAAUACUCGCACUUUCAGAUCCGACAAAAGUGCGGCCGCAUCAGCCAUUUACAGCGCGACAUUCAGGCAUGCCACCACCUCCACCACCACUACUAGUUAAUACGCCGCAUCAUUUGCUUGCGCAUGCCUUCUCAACAGCACCGGCUGGCAUGCCCUUGACCGCUGCAACUGGCCCGUCAACUACGCCAAGUCCGUGUUCGCAUCGGCGUCUAGCCUCCGGGAGCAAUUCAAUGCCAGCAGGCAAUAUGGUUCCCGUUCGGGCCAUACAUGAACGUUCUAAUUCGGACACACCAACGCCACCGCUACCAUCUGUUGAUCUCUCAGCUGAAAGCAGUAGUGUUAAUCCAUUUCGAGACUUGUCAAUGCGCAAAUCUGUGACUUCAGGCUCGGUAUCAUCCAGCGAUAGCGGACACGGCUCAUAUGCCCAACAACAUGACACGAGUAGCUCAGUUUACACCGCCGCCGAUUGUCGACUGCUACAGCAAAUAUCCAAUACAGCUGCGCGCAAUUUGAGUGGGAGUAGCGGUGGUGGCGGCGGCGGUGGUGGGGGUACCGGCAGUACCAAUAGUAGUUGCAGUAGCAGUGGCAUUAGUCAAUGCAGCAACAGCAAUACAUCAACUCCGAUACCACCACCGCCACCGUAUCAUAUGCUGCGCAGUGCCGCACAUAAUGUCGCCGCUGUCAAUAACAUGUAUCACGCGAGUGCAACAAGUGUAGCAGCACCAAUGGCGCCGCCACCGCCGUACGCUCGCCUUCAUUGUGGGGAGACGAUGGUGGGACCGUUAAUGCAUCCAGUAGCGGCAGCACACACACGACAUUCCAAUAUGCACGGUGCCGCACCAAAUUUCGUGGAUGGCAAUAAUAAAUGCCCAAUGUGUCCAACAAUGUCGCCUCCAUCAACUAUGAAUCAGUAAAGUGUUUGAGAUGAAAACAUGCUCGAGAUUUUGUGUAAUUUUAGAUUUAAGUGAAGAAAAAACCAAAUGCCAAACCAAUUUUUGGUUGUGUUGGAAAUACAAAGAAAGGACAAGCGGAGAAACACAAUAUAUAAAAAACAACUACAAUUGACUGCAAAUUAUUUUUAAAUCCACAAUACUAAAAACAACCUGUUCUUCCUAUUCGAUAAUGAGAUGCUAAAUAAAAUAUUUUAUAUUAUAUGAAA